GGGAAGCCUGUCGUUGGCACACGUUAGACACAGAGCCUCCGUGCAGAGUCACAGACUUCAACCAGUCCACAGUUUGUGUCCCUGUACGUUUCUCUUCAGGGUCUCAGAUCUUUGUCUUACUCUCUUACUGUGACAUGGAGUUCUACAGUGUGCACAGACCUUUUGACCACAGCCACUUGGGAGAGGAGAAGCACCAGAUGCUAAACCUGAACCGACGCCUGCAGAACUACCUGGGUCGGGUCAAACAUCUGGAGGAGGAAAAUAUGCUGCUUGCGACGGAGAUCCAAACUCUGAGACGGAGCAACCAGGGAGCCUCAGCACACAGGAGUGGCCUGGAGGAAGCACUCCGGCAGGCAAGACUCGAUUUAGAUGCAGCCUGGAGGGUCAGACUCCACACAGAGGUGGAGGUGGGUAGGCUGACUCGGGAGCUCCAAACCCUUGAUCUUCAGAGGCAGAAGGAGAUAGAGGCCCAGAUGGAGGCCAAGAUGAACCUGAAUCAAAGCGUGAAAGAGCUGGAAGAGGAGAAGAAGGCACAGAUCUGGCUGAGGGAGAAGAUCACUCACCUGGAGCAGGAGAUGAAACACCUCAUUCAAAGCCAUGAAGAAGAUGUGGCCCACAUAGAAGCCACGCUGACCCAUUCCAGAUACACAGCACCAUCUACACUGGUUCAAAGGGGCAACCAGAUGCCAAACCUCCUGCAGAUGGGGCAGGAGUACUCUCAGAGGGCCACUGAGCAUGGAACGAGGCAGAGCAGGCCUAUCAGGGACAAUUAG